AUGAACAUGGCUCCUACCUCUGGCUUUGAGGAGGAUGUUGGGAGCCAGACUACGCAUCACGUCAUGUACCCAGAGAGCGCAAUAGAUCUGGACAACACCACCAGCCUCCUGCUCAUCCCCUUCAAGACUCUGGACCUGCAGUGGAUCACCAGUGCCUUGACCACAGGCUCCAUCAAACAGUGAGUGAUCAAUGACCAUGCACAUUCACUACACAUUCAUCAAGUUCACAUAAGAAAGUAUGUAAGUACACCUUAGCAAACCUUCAAUAUGAGCUGUAGUUAAUGCCUGUGGAAUUGUUUGUAAUGAAUGAGGUCUGGUAUCCUUUACGCUGUGUAAACAUUAUUUGUAAAAGUGCACCCAGUGCCUCCUUCAGGGCUGUUUGCCAUAACCACAAGUAUCCACAUGUUGGCACAUAAUGACAUAACUGUUUUUUUUUCUUUUUUUCUUUUCUCUUUUUUUUUCUUUCUUUUUUUUUCUUUUUCUUUUUUACUUUUCAACCCCACCAUCCUUUCCCUACUUGGAGUAAAUUAGUGAACAACAAUGCCCAGGCCUCUACUUCCGGUCUAUACUUACUAUCUACACCUUAUGGACAGAGUUAAUUUUACAAUAAUUCUAUUAUAUAUAUAUAUAUAUAUAUUAUUUAUUUUUUGCUCCUGAACUUCUUCUACUCUCAACCUCUCCGAUCAUUUUCAUGAUGUCCAUCCGGUUUGCUUCUAUAUGCCAUAUCUUUCUAACUGUGCUCUUUCCCAAAAGCUCCCAACAUACAACCUAUAUACUUAUUAUGGACACAGUAUGCUUACAUUAUUAGCUAUCUUUGUUAUUAUUUGUUGUUAUUUGUUAUUAGUCCCAUCCUUCAACUCUAUUCAAUACCUCCCAUCUAUCUCUUAACACCAUCCAUAUAGGAUUUCUAUUUGCCAUAUAUAUUUCAACCGUACUGUGAUGUUUUACAAAAGUUCUGAACCUUUCUAUUCUCAUUGCUUCUACAGAUUGUGAAUUAAAAAUAAACAUUUUUGCUAAAAGUAUUAUUAUAUUAUUGAUUGAUUGACUAUGACUUUUCAGAUCACCCAGUAAUGCUAUCUGCAAGGUUAGAUCCAGGUAAAUAUUGCAAUCCUUUAGCCAUUCCUGGACCUGUGUCCAAAAACAAGCUACAAAUGGACAGAACCAAAACAAAACAAAUAAUGACAUAACUGUUUGCCACAACCAGAAGUAUCCAUAUGUUGGCAUAUAAUGACAUAACUGUUUGCCAUAACCACAAGUAUCCACAUGUUGGCACAUAAUUACAUAACUGUUUGCUUCUAAGCAUGUGGAUUCUAAGUGUGUGGAUUUUUAACACUCUCCUUCAACUGGGUCAUAAAUGUGGCUUCAGCUGGAACGCUUUUGACAGUUACAUCCUUAUGGUUAUGUUCCUAUGUUAAUUAUCUAAUGACUGCUGAGGAUGAGGAAGAUGUGAGGAAGGGGAGGAGGUUGUGGAGGUGCUUAGCUGCCUGCAGGAAUCUUAACUGGCACCUGGAGUAUCAGCAGGGGUGGGCUGGCCCAUUUUCUGCCCAGUGGGCCUGUCUAACUUGGGUUUUCUGCGCAAAAUUAUUAUGAUCUUGGUAAUAAUGGGGGCCUCAAGGAAGAACUGGGCCGGUGUGGGGUCCUCGAGGGUAAAAAUGGGCUGGUGUGGGGGCCUCAAAGAAAAAAAUGGGCCUGUGUGUUAGAAAUGCCAGGGCCGAUUUCUGGUCCCAGUCCAGCCCUGAGUAUCAGGGUUGAACUGUAGCUUAAUAAUGUUAUGGGUCAGAUGGUCAAUAAUUCUUAGAGCUCUAGUUAUAUCACAGUACAGCUUGAAUCCUGAAGAAGGUAGCAUAGCUGUAGAAACGUUGGUAUCUAUUACACUGUGCAGCUUUUCUUUUCAUACAGUCUACCCUACUGGUGGUGAAUAGCCUACAUGUAGUACAAAUCAAAUCAUUCCCAAAUCAACAUUGGUUAUAUGACCUUACACCCAGCACAUCAUAAUAGCAUAUGACCUUAUGCACAACCCUUGACCUUGACCGUAAACAAGCCUCUGCUGUUUGCAUCUGUAUCUGGUCAUCUUCAUAAUUAGUACAGCUUUGGGGCAGUGACACUGUGAUCAUCUGUAAAAACAUAAAUAAUGUGACAAUAGUUUGCAAACUGUUACCGUACCAACACAAACAUUAAAAAAAAGUAUCGAAACGGUAACUAAAACAGUAUCAGUGUCAGUGUAAUGUACAUUUUCUAACCUAAAAUCGGGUUUCUUUUCCAGACGUGACAACUUUUACUGAUCAUAUUACUGGUAUAGGCUACUAGUUUGUCGUGAGGAGCUCAUAGUCAGUAGGCUAAUGUUAGCCAAUGCUGAUAGCCAACCGGAUGGCCACCACAAAGUAAACAAAGAUGGCGGCGCCUGAAUUUUAUCAACGAUGGUGGUUUAUACUGACAGUACCAAAGAUACUUUGGUUUCCCCUUUUAUCUGUGAUAAUACUUUGAUAUUUCUUAUAUUAUAUCUUAUUUUGUUUCUUGCAGCACGUACAUUCCUGUCCAGUCCAGGAUUAAGGCAAACAAGAAUAGGGUGAGUGAACCCUUGGCUGCUUCCGAAAUGGCACCCUACAGUAGAGUAUUACUAUUGACCAAAGCCCUAUGGGUCGAUCUGCUUUAGUUUACCUUACCUGGAAACAAAAGAAUGCAGAUUUUGAAGAGCUAGUGAUUGGUUGGUUGGUUCAUUGAUUGAUAAAUGAUCAAGAUUAAAUUCUUUCCACUUCUCACAAGGUCAAAGCUGUUGUUAUGUUUUUCAGGUGUUGAUAUACAGCCCGACCUUCUUUAAAUAUGUGUAUGAUGCAUGGCUGGAGAGUCAUGGCCGGUAUCCCUCCACUGGCUUCCUCAGCCUGUUGUUUGCCAUUCACAUCUGUGAUAAGGUGAGUCCACCCACCUUCACAAGCUUUACACUUCCUUUUGUGUUUGUCUGCCAAAGUUCUGUACACUAUGAGUGUGUUCUGUGACUGCAAAGCAUGCGCUGGGUUUGCGUUGAGUUUGCACUGAGGUCUUACAGAGUUUAAAGCUGGAAAAAGUGUCCCAAGUGCCCAAAUAAUUUAACCACUGAUGGAAGUGAAGUAACCGCCUGCGUCGGUGAAAUGGCCACACGCUGUGCAGUACUGUAUUAGCUACCGACUGCUGCUCUACAAAUAAACACAUUUUGGGCGAGAAAGAGGGGCAGAGCGCCGAAUGUUAUGCUUAUUAUCGGCAUCUAAACGGGAGGUGUGAAUUGCAGGCAAUUACCACGUACCACGUCCUACACUCUUAGAAAACAAGGUGCUAUCGAAAACCCGUUUUGGUUCCAGAUAUAACCCUUUUGGGUUUCGUGUAAAACCCAUUCCACAGAGGGUUCUACAUGGAACCCAAAAGGGUCCUACCUGGAAUCAAAAAGGUUCUACCUGGAACCAAAAAGAUUUCUCCUCAGUGGCGAUUUUAGCAUGUCAAUCUUGGUGGGGCAAACCCCCAAAAGAAUUGGGGGAUGCAUGCUAGCAAAGCCACUACACUACACAACACAACACUAAACAAUACAUUAAUUGCACUACAAACAGUGCCCACAAACUGUUAGGGCCUACAUAACGCUGUCCCAACAGCAGAGUCCCAACAGCAGUCCCAACACCUUACCACUGCUAAACCUGGCUAUCAGCGGAGCCUUGUCUGGCAGCGAAACAGUUCAUUCAGCCUCAUUUACUGCCUUUUUAGAAAAACAUAGGUGAUAUGGCUGACUUGCUUAAACAAAUGUGGUUUCUACUGACAAUUGAGAUGUACAAACUAUGGCAUAAGCGGACGAGAAGGCGAUAAGAGGCAAUCCGUAAUUUCGAUUAAGACAUUAAUGAGCGAGCUAGGACGGACGUAGUCAAUAUAACUAUUUGUUCAGCACUUUUGAAAUGUACAGCGACAGAAUUCAAAACAUGGGCCGUUCUUACAGUAUUCUCCCAGCUUACUACAGUAUUACUUUCUUAGCUACAGUAUACAUAUCUCCCUGGCAUAUUACAUAAUUUAUGCAGCAGCAUUCAAUACAUUUUUGUACUCACCUUGUUGUGCUGUGCUCACUUGAACAGGAAGGUGGCGCGGCGGUCCUUCGUGGGCAGAUUUUGUCAUCAAACUUUGUCAUCAAAGUCUGUCAUUCUCUGGAUUUAUGGUGCUUUCAACACAUCUGGGAACUCUGAAAAAAACUAGUUUGAAUCAUGAUGACAUCAGUGAUCUUCAGGUCGUAGCUCUAGAAAGAGGCCCGAGUUCCCGACGUACAAUUCCGAGUUGAAUGACCGUUCAAAACGUAUUUUCCCAGUCGGAGCUCUUUUUUUCCUGAGUUCCCAGUUGUCUUGAACUCACUGAAGUCAGAUUUUAACAGUUGUUUUGAGCGCGGCAGAAAUCAUGCUAGAUUGACAGCAUGGCCCAUGUUGAAUGUUUAUCAUUUUAAGCUUGGAAAAGAGAACCUUAAACCAAGAAUUGGGAUCUCACACACACUCCACUGAAUAGCAGGCUACUGAUUGCUUUGCAAUGCUUGCAGUUAGCCACUGAUCCCUUCCAAACCACUCAUUGUUGAAUUUGCGAUUUCCAACUUGUUGUGUUAUGUUCAGUGGCCGAGGAGCACCAAUACAUUUUAUCUAUAAUUUCUCUUCAUUAUUUCUCUUCAUAUGACAAGGAUUAAAAAGGAUUUGCCAGUAGAUUGUCAACUUGAUUCAUGAUGAUUUUGAAAGUAUGAUGUUGACAUGAUCAGUCCAAUCAAAGCUACUGUAUAUAUAACGUGAUUUGACGUAAUUUUAUCUGUGGCCAAUGACCUUGAGCCUUCUUGGAUGGGCACUUCUAAUGUAACUCUAUGGCAGCACCCAAGGCUCUUGAAUUUUCAGCUCUACCCUUAGAUUUGUCAGUGACGUAGUGUCCCCAUGAGUGACAGAACACUGAGCCAAUCACGGCGCAACUAGAGAACAUUACCAACACCUACGCUCCGUAUUUUCUGCUGGCUGCCCCACCACCACAGAAAGCACUGAGCUAGGCUGAAACACCUGCAUUUUGGAGCUGCCUUACUCAAGAAAGCAAAAAAGAGACCAUGUUUGUAUGGAGGCUUUAUUAACUCAAUGAUUAUUUGUUUUACAUUGUUUGCAAACUGAUAUGUGACACGUAUUUAUGCCAAAAUAACAUGCCAAACAGGCUACCCCAUUUUAUUUUGUUGCUAAAAAUGUGGGGCUCUGCCCCACCUGCCCUGAAUGACGGGUCACCACUGGUUCUCCCAUGGGGACAGCCGAAGGACCCUUUUGGAACCUUUUUUUCUAAAAGUGUAAUAGCUACCCACUGCUGCUCUACAAACACAUUUUGGGAAGCCAUUAGCCCAAACAAAGAGAAACAUGUUUCAACGUUGAUACUGUACAUGUGCCUCCAGGUAUGCUUAUGUGGGUGACUGAACUUAUUUUAAUGACAUUUAUUUCAUAUUAUUUAAUACAUGAUUUUCAAAAAGUGUGCUCCAUUUGAAGUAGAAAUUGAAAAUCUACUUUGUUACAGGAAACAAAAUGUUUAAUCAUUUUAAGAGUUCAGGAAAUAGGUUGACUGCAAUGUAAAAAAAACAAAAAUGCGGCCAUUUUUGCCUUAGUUUUCAACAGCCCUUUGGCUAUUAGUCUUUUGACUGUAGAAAAACAGGAAUCUCUACAGUUGCCCCAAGUGAUGCAGACGGCAUGGGUGGGAGGGGCAACUGUGCCUGUUUUUGAACUAGACACACCGGAACAGUCCCAAUGUGCUAUAGUAUAGCUCAACCGAGUCAGUUAGAAGAGCAAAACAUUUUUUUCUAGUAACUGUAUAAUUAAGUUUUUCUAGUAACUGCAUACUGUCAUCUAGAGUUAAAGCAUUGUCCUUAUCAAUAGGCCUAUGUUUUGUACGUUUCACGAAAAACAAUCUGCAAAUGGAUAAAUUAGCUCUACAAAAUCAAGUGUAUGUGUCACAGUACCCGAACAUCAUAUUACAUUGUAGUCAUUUAGCAGACACUCUUAUUUUUCAUACUGGGAAUUGAACCCACAACCCUGGUGUUGCAAACGCCAUGCUCUACCAACUGAGCUACAUCCCUGCCGGCCAUUCCCUCCCCUACCCUGGGCCAAUUGUGCGCCGCCCCAUGGGUCUCCCGGUCGCAGCCGGCUACAACAGAGCCUGGAUUCAAACCAGGAUCUAGUGGCACAGGUAGCACUGCGAUGCAGUGCCUUAGACCACUGCGCCACUCGGGAGACUCAUAUCAACCCAUCAAUCAGUACAGCAACAUUCCACCUCAUCAAUUCUGUGGCACAUGGCAUUAGGCCAAAGCACAUAAGUAUGUGACUAUAAGUCACAUAGAAGAGUCAGUGCCAGUGGCAAAUCCAGGGCGGACUAGUAUCUCUGUAUAAUGGUGUAUUGUAUUAUUUAGGUCAAUGUGUACGGGUUCGGAGCGGACCAGUACGGAAACUGGCACCACUACUGGGAAGAGAAUCACCAGGGAGGAGCAUUCCGCCACACCGGGGUGCAUGAUGCGGACUAUGAGUACAACGUCACCCUGCUUCUGGCCGAAAAACACAAGAUCAAGAUUUUCAAAGGCUUCUGA